CCGGCUCCGCCCCUGGGAAAGGCCCCGGCUGCGGCGCGGCCUCCGCCCCCCGCGGAAGGCGGUGUUUGCAGCUCGUCAAAGACUUAUCACAGGGCUUCACGUGGUCUGCCUUUGUAAAGCUGGAUGUGGAGCAGGUCCUUUCCUCUAAGUCUGAGUCUAGGACUGACUUCUUGGGAGGAGACGCGAGAACCCUCUGCUUCCAUGCUCCAGCAGGGAGCAAUGCCAGGAUCCCUUUGGAGAAGGAUGAGUAAGUUUUCAUUCCGAAAAGCUCUAGAUGUCCAGUAAGCAAUAGGAGUGAGGAUUGGAAUUGUAAGGACGUCUUGCAGGAAGUGACAUCCCCAGCACGCAGCAAGGGGCUGCGGCGCCGAAAAAGAAACAUAGACUUUUUCAAGCUCGACUAAUAAAUUGGUGACAGACCUGAGAGAACAAUCGUAGGUUACUGUUGGCUGGACCAGACCGCUCUACCUUUGUCUGAACUAUGCCAAGAAAAAGAAAGCUGUUGGCUCAAUUAAGUGCUCUGCAAAGCAGCUCCAGCUUCUCUCCUUUUGAUGCCUUGGAGAACCUGAACGCUAUGCCUGAUGGGAAUUCUGCUCCAAAAAGCAGCAAAUACUUUGCAACGGAGAAAAAUUCUUCCCGGCUUGAAGCAGAUUUUUUCAACCAGCCCUGUGUCAGUCUGGCCAGGUCCUUUCUGGGACAGAUUCUAGUUCGCAAACUUCCUGAUGGCAGAGAACUCUGGGGGAGGAUUGUUGAAACAGAAGCUUAUCUGGGUGGGGAAGAUGAAGCUUCCCACUCAAAAGGUGGGAAGCAAACACAACGAAAUGCUGCAAUGUUCAUGAAACCGGGAACUCUGUACGUCUAUCAGAUCUACGGGAUUUAUUUCUGCGUGAAUGUUUCCAGCCAAGGGGAAGGGGCUGCAGUGUUACUUCGCUCUUUGGAACCUCUCCAGGGCUUAGAAGCGAUGAGAGAGCUGCGCAGUGCCUCAAGGAAAGGACCCACCAAGCCCAUGAAGGACUGGCAGCUGUGUAACGGGCCCUCCAAGCUCUGCCAAGCGCUUGGGAUCGACAAGGCUUUUGACCAAAGGGACCUGACACAGGAUGCAGCCAUCUGGAUGGUACCUGGACAGGACCUGCCAGGAGAGCAAGACGUGGUGGCCACAACAAGGAUCGGCAUUGGCAACAGGGGGGAGUGGACACAGAAACCUCUCAGGUUUUAUUUACGAGGCAACAAAUUUGUGAGUGUUGUAGACAAGAAAACAGAGCGUGAGCUGGUAGCAAGGGGAGAGUUUUCCAGUAGCUGACGAGU